UUUAACCCUGCCCUUACCAAAAGUCGUACUGGAAGGGGGAAUGAAGAGAGUUUGGAAGGGACCACGGGGUAGUCUCAGCCGGAGUCCUUCCACGCUCUUCAGAUCGUGGGGUCAGGAUGUUGGGGGCAGCAUAGGAGGAGGUGGUGAUGUCACAGCUGCAGUGCCCUUUUCCUCGUUGCAUUUUCCAAUCAGUUCUGUCCAGGUGACUGUGCCCAGGUUAUGACGACUAAUCCUAAACCAAACAAGGCAUUAAAGGUUAAGAAGGAGUCAGGAGAGAAUGCCCCGGUGCUCAGUGACGAUGAGCUGGUGUCAAUGUCUGUGCGAGAGCUUAACCAGCACCUCCGGGGCCUCACCAAGGAGGAGGUGAUGCGCCUGAAGCAGCGUCGGCGCACGCUUAAGAACCGAGGCUAUGCUGCAAGCUGCCGCAUUAAGCGGGUGACCCAGAAGGAGGAGCUGGAGCGGCAGCGGGUGGAGUUGCAACAAGAGGUGGAGAAACUGGCCCGAGAAAAUAGCAGCAUGAAGCUGGAGCUGGAUGCCCUCCGUUCUAAAUACGAAGCAUUGCAGACAUUCGCCCGCACCGUAGCCCGGGGACCCAUUGCUCCCACCAAGGUUGCCACCACCAGCGUCAUCACCAUUGUCAAAUCAGCCGAGAUUUCGUCCACCUCGGUGCCCUUUUCGGCUGCAUCCUAG